AGCGCUUGCAGCUUCAACAAGAGUUUUCGCAGACUUCAACGCAGUCGAUGGCAACGCGAGCGCUCGAGACGAUUGCGCGCUGGGGUGACGCCAGCGAGGGCCCCACGAUGGCCGUCAGCGACGCCCCGUUUGAGUGCAACCCGGCGCUCAAUGCCAAGGUCGCGCUCUUGCGCCACGAGCUCUGGACGCUCGACGUUGACGCGAUUGUCAACCCGACCAACGAGUCGCUCACGGACGCGUCCGGCAUCUGCGGCAGCAUCCUUGAUGCAGCCGGCGACCAGAUCUAUGUCGAGUGCAAUGCCAGCGAUCCGUGCCGGACCGGCGACGCAGUCAUGACGCGCGGGUGUCAAUUGCCGGCCAAGAAGAUCAUCCACACGGUGGGCCCGCGCUACAACGCCAAGUACAAGGUUGCGGCCGAGAACGCACUGCACGGCUGCUACCGCAAUGCGCUGCGCGUCGCCAAGGAGGAGCGCGUGCGCUCAAUCGCGUUCCCGCCCAUCUACUCCAAGAAGAAGAUGUACCCGCGCGACGACGCGACGCACGUUGCGCUGCGGACAGUGCGCCGCUUCUUGGAGCACUACGCCGACGACUUUGAUUUGAUUGUCUUUUGCGUCGACGACACGCAUGAUAUGCUACUGUAUGCAACGCUGCUCCCGCUCUACUUUCCUCGGUCCAUCGACGAGCUCGAGGCGUCGCGCGCGCAGUUUGCUGCCCACCGCGAGUGGACGCUCGGCGACGCAUUUGGCGAGCCGAUCAUUGAGGAGCGCAAGAUCCGCAUUGCGCCGACCGUCUGCCCUGACAACCAGCUCGAGACGAACCAGUCCCCCGGUACGAAUGAGUUUUGCGCCAUGACCGACAAUCCGGACGACAACCGCAUGGAACUGGUCCGGAGCAUCCGCGCCAAGACGAGUGCGGCCUCGGAGAAGCAGCGCCUGUCGUAUCAAACGGCCGUCGAGCAGGCGAGACAUGAGGAUUUCAGCGACAUGGCCGAGCUCCAGCUCAUCUACAAGGCGGGCGUCGACCACGCGGGUGUCCCCGUCGUGCUUGUCGUCGGGCGAAACUUGCCCGCCCGCCACAUUGACCUCGACCGCGUCCUUUUGUACGUGGUCCACGUCAUGGACGGCCUCACCGACCGCGUUUACAACGUGGUGUACCUCCAUGGCGGCGUCGACGAAGACAACCAGCCCAACACGUCGUGGCUCAAGACGCUCUUCAAGACCUUUUCGUCCAAGUACCGCGACAACCUCAAGACGUUCUACGUUGUCGAGCCCACCUUGUGGCUCAAGCUCGUCCUGUGGGUCGGCAAAUCCUUCUCGAGUCGCACGUUUGGCGCCAAAGUCGCGUUCCUCGAUGCGCCGACCGACUUGCACCGCGUCGCACCGUCGCUCAAGCUGCCAGCCGGCUCGGCCACAUGCAACCAGCACGUAGUAGCGAGCAACCAAGACGACCACGAAGCGUAG